UAUCCAGGGCUGGGGGGGGCAGGGGGCUGCCCGGGGGGGUGCCCGGGUCCCGCUGCACUCCCAGGCUGGGGCUGCGCCCCCGCGCCCGAAGCGGCUCCGGCCGGUGCCGGCGCUGGCGGUUGCGUUUCCCCUGCAACACGCUCCGAGCCAGGAAGGCGAAAGUGGAAGUGAAAAUUAAAAGAUAACAAUAAUACAAACCCCACGGCAAAGGGUGUCUCUGUGCCGUCACACCUCCCCCAGCGAUACCACAAAACUCAUGUAACUCAACCCCGCUCCACGCCGACAGUGACACGAUAAAGCCCCAACUGCUCCCCCGCACCACGGAGACCCCCACCGGGGCACCAACAGCCCUGGCGAACACCCCCACCGGGGCACCCGGGGCAUCGACAGCCCUGGCGAAGCACAGAGGAAAAGCAGCACCAUGAGUUAAGCCAGUGAGGACCAGGAUGGGGGUCCCUGUCCCCUCACUCUCCGUGUGGCACCUUCUGCUGCUCCUUUGGAGCAGCAGGAGCAUCUGUCCUUCAUCGCUGCCAUCAGCCAGCCUGCCUCAGCCUCCUCCUGUGUGAGCUGGUACAAGGGCACUUCACAAGCACUCCAUGCUCUGGGGACCUUUAUACCCAGGCGAAAUAAUAUUAAAAGGUUGCAGGGGAAUCACAAGGCUGUCUUUGCUCAGAGGAGCCAUUCAGAGGGUGUAGGUACAGGGUCUGGUGUAAUGUGGACUGUGGUUAAGCAAAGGCUGGGGGCAGCCCUAGAGCGAGGGGCCUGGGAGGAGCAGGACCCCGUUGCCUGGGGAGGGGUUUGCAGCCCUGCCAGCCCAGGCACCACUGCAACCAGCUCCAGGCCACCCUUGCAUCUGUGACCUCAUUAUGGGGCGCAUUCCAGAACCACCAGACAGGCCGGGUUCCAGAGGCGAUGUUGGCGGGCAAGCUAAGAGACCUGUAAGCACCUCAGAGAGAAGCACCUUCCACUGCCUCAGGCUUCAACGUGGGUGAUAGCUUAGACCCCAGUAGAUACUCAUCCUCACACAUGGAGAGGAAGAUGAGUGCUAUGACUUGCAACAUCUUCAAUGAGCUUCGCCUGGAAGGGAAACUCUGUGAUGUGAUCAUCAGCGUGGAUGGUGUCGAAUUCAACGCUCACAAGAACAUCCUCUGCAGCUGCAGUCAGUAUUUCAGGGCUAUGUUUACCAGCAGCUGGAACACCACAGAGAAGAGAGUAUAUAAAAUCCCUGGCACUUCACCUGAAAUGAUGAGGCUUAUUAUCGAGUACGCCUACACCAGGACAGUACCGAUCACUGUUGACAAUGUUGAAAGUUUGCUAAUGGCAGCAGACCAGUUCAAUAUCAUGGGCAUCAUCAGACUGUGCUGCGAGUUCCUGAAAUCCCAGCUAUGCUUGGAAAAUUGCAUCGGCAUCUGCAAGCUCACAAAUUAUUACCACUGUCCUGACCUGCGAAAAGCAGCCUAUGAGUUCAUCCUCCGUCACUUUGAGGACAUGACCAGGGUGUCCACAGAGUUUCUAGACCUCUCUGUCGACGAGCUAAAACACAUCAUCGAGAAGGACGACCUCAACGUGAAACAAGAAGACGGUGUGUUUGAGGCUAUUCUGAAAUGGAUUGCUCACGAUCCGCAGAACAGGAGGCAGCACAUCGCUGUCCUGCUGGGCCAGGUUCGACUGGCACUGAUGCAAGCAGAAUACUUCAUGAACAACGUCAAAACACACGAUUAUGUGAAGGACAACGAGGAGUGCAAAGGCCUCAUCAUAAACACGCUGACAGAAAUGUACAACCUCAACAUGUAUGGCCCAUCUUACUCCAAUUCCUCCAACGUGCUCAGCCGGCCUCGCCUCCCCUAUGCCAUCCUGUUUGCCGUCGGAGGCUGGAGCGGGGGGAGCCCAACCAACGCUAUCGAGACGUAUGAUGCCCGUGCAGACAAGUGGCUGAAUAUCACACUUGAGCAAGAGAGCCCCCUUGCCUACCACGGCACUGUUUAUUUAAAAGGCUUUAUCUACCUUGUUGGAGGAUUUGACAGCAUGGAUUAUUUCAACACUGUCAGGCGGUUUGACCCACUUAAGAAAACGUGGCAGCAGGUUGCACCCAUGCACUCGCGGCGUUGCUACGUCAGCGUCGCCACUCUCAACAACUUCAUCUACGCCAUGGGAGGGUUUGAUGGAUACAUGCGCCUCAACACAGCGGAACGCUACGAGCCAGACACGAACCAGUGGACACUGAUUGCCCCCAUGAACGAGCACAGAAGCGACGCUAACGCAACCGUGCUGCAUGAUAAGGUGUAUAUCUGCGGUGGGUUCAACGGAAACGAAUGCUUGGUCACAGCUGAAUCGUACAAUGCCACAACAAACCAGUGGACCUUUAUAGCCCCAAUGAGAAGAAGAAGAAGCGGUGUAGGCGUGAUGGCAUAUGGAAACAAAGUGUACGCGGUAAGAGAGAGGCAGCAGCUCUGCCGUGCCACCACCCAGCACCCGUAGUACUUUUGCUAAUCUGCAUUCCCUAGAUUUUCAGGCUGGGCAUUUGCUUGUUGCUUGAGGUUUAGGUAAGAAAGUCAGAGCUAGAACGGUUGAUAAGCCUCCUGAGAAUAUUAUCACCUCCGUGGUUUUUGUUAUGAAAAAUGUAUGGACGAUUUUUAAGCAGCUGCAGCAAAGAAAUUUCUUUUCUGCUGCUGCUAAUAGUGUCAGCAGCACAGAACAUUUCGCUUGGUCCUGUUUAUCCCGUCCAUGCACUGCAUCUAAACUCUGUAGAACUGUAAAAUCUUGACAGUUGUACAAAAUACUUGUGGAAGUUCCAGAAAGACCUAAGGGAGCAGUCUGCAAUAAGCAAGCACUGCGCUUUGAGGUCCCACGCUCUCAGCAAUGCUCAGACUGAAGUCAAUGAGGCAGGACCAGUUACUAUCUUUCUUGUGCACAAACUGAUUUGGCUGGCUCGGCGGGUGAGGAAAAGCCUAUUUCAAGU